AUGGUUAUUUCAUGGUUGAUGGUAUUUCAGGCGGUGCCAGUUCUUCCUCACCCUAAGAUUGUUCAAUGCGUUCCUCUCAUUGGAACCAGCGAGCGCACUCCUGGCCGGCUCCUGGAAGUUGUCUUCUCUGGGCCCGGAAGGACCAUGCAGGUUUUCGACCUCCACCUCGAUCCCGCCCUCCAUCGCGAGCUUGAAGGAGGGCUCUGUGUCACCACGGUCAACGCCAACAGCUGGGGGACAUUGAAAGCCUUCCUCGGGAACUCGGACGCGCAUGUUGUUCUGGCGCAGGAGCAUCGUCUUCGUUUCCAGGUGGACCUCGACCAGGCCUGA